ACCUGGCACACUCGUCCUACCGCCCUCACUCCUGUGGGAUUCUGUGGCUGCGGCAGUGCCUUCGGCUCUGCCCUCUGGCACCUUGUGCCUUACUUUUGUGUCUAAGGGGUGGCAGAGUUGUGGGGGCUGACACGGUGUUUCCCAAAAGCUCUGGCUCUGCUCUGAGCACAAGCUUCCAUCAUGGCCACACCUCCCAGCACAGUUUCUGGGGCAGCGGCUGACAGGCGUGCCCUGGACACCCGCUACUGCUUACGCUCCACGCUGGAGAAGAACAAGCAGAACCUCCGCGACCUGACAGAGAAAUACCUCACGUCCAGAGCUACUGCUUCCUUCCCGGCCAACCACCUGCAGAAACAUGAGUGUGAGCAGUACAGAGACCUCAUUGCAUCCGUGCUGGAGGAGAAGCCUGACUCAGAGAAGACGCAGUCCGCUGCAAGGCUGGGAGAACAAGAUUCCCCAGUUCAGGCUCAGGUUGGAGAACUGGCCCACUUGCGACAAAAGCUACAGGAAGGGUGGGGUGCCUGUCACCUCUUUGCCCAGCAUAUGAGGAACACAACCAAGGCUUUUGAGGGCCUCGUCAGGAGCACUGGCAUUGCCAGCCACCACGGACAGAGACUCUGUGAGCAGUUGGUCCGAGCGAGCCAGCUGGCAGACAGCCUUGGCAGAAAACUCACUUCAGAGAAUCACAAUGAUAAAAAUUACAGAGACAGACAAGAGACACUGGCCCAAAGGGAGGACCAAGAUCAGAUAUUGAACCAAGUGCUGGAGGACUCAUUAGAUGAACGGUACUUGACUCCCUCUGGCCAGCAGAACUCUGCACAACCUUCCAGUAGCCAUACUGUCCUGACUGAUGUACAAACCACCCCUGCUGGGGAUGCAAGCCAAGAUGAGAUCCAAAUAGUGCGGCAUCAGCUCAAGCAAGCCAUGGUCAUCAAUGACUGCCUGAGACACAGAAUGCAAUUCCAUCUAAGCACCCUGAACAGAGACAAUGGUACAAAAGGAUGCACCUCCAACCUGUACUGGCAGAUCCUGGAUUCCAUUGUUCAGUUGUAUGAUGAAAACAGAGUCCUGCGGGAAAAAUAUGAGAGACUCCCUGUUUCUAGUAAUCCUGUCUCCAGAGGUAAUAACUAAUGUGGAAAGUAUGAAAUGUCCUUA